AUGGAAAUGGAGGACGGGGAACCGCCGCGUAUCGCACCUGCUUACACGCCGUGCGCUUUCGAAGGGGAGUCGCCGGGCCCCCGGUGCGGUCACACCCUUACCGCCGUCGCGCCUGUAGGAGAGCCCGGCAGCGCGAACUACAUCGGCCCGCGGCUGAUUUUGUUCGGAGGAGCCACGGCUCUGGAAGGAGGCGCAGGUCCCGCGGCUGGAGCAGCAGCCGGAAUACGUCUGGCCGGAGCCACGGCGGAUGUGCAUUGUUUCGACGUCAACUCGCGAACAUGGAGCAAGCUGUCCCCGGUGGGCGAGCCUCCCUCCCCGCGAGCGGCGCACGCGGCGACGGCGGUGGGAACUAUGGUGGUGAUUCAGGGCGGCAUAGGGCCGGCAGGGCUCGCGACUGACGACCUGCACGUGCUGGACCUCACUCAGGCUCGACCCAAGUGGCACAGAGUGGUGGUGCAAGGAGCGGGCCCUGGGCCUCGAUAUGGCCACGUCAUGGCUCUUGUGGGGCAACGCUUUCUGCUGUCCAUCAGCGGCAACGACGGCAAGCGGCCGCUGUCGGACGUAUGGUCGCUGGACACGGCAGCGAAACCGUACGAGUGGAAGAAGCUGGACCCCGAAGGGGAGGGCCCGCCGCCUUGCAUGUACGCCACUGCCAGCGCCCGGCACGACGGGCUGCUGCUGCUGUGCGGUGGCAGAGACGGCAGCAGCGUGCCUCUACCCGGGGCGUUUGGCUUGGCUCGGCACAGAGACGGGCGGUGGGAGUGGGCGGUGGCGCCUGGUGUGUCACCCUCCGCGCGCUACCAACACGCUGCUGUGUUUGUGGGGCUGCGCCUGCACGUGUCUGGAGGGGCGCUCGGGGGAGGCAGGAUGGUGGAAGACGCCUCCAGUGUGGCCGUCCUGGACACAGCAGCAGGCGUGUGGUGUGACCGCAAGGGCAUGGUAUCGGUCGCCCGCACCGGCCGCUACAGUGCCGAUGCUCCGGGCGGCGACGCGUCCACCGAACUCACCCGCCGCUGCCGCCACGCCGCCGCCUCAGUGAACGAUAUUAUCUUCGUGUACGGCGGGCUGCGGGGCGGCAUUCUCUUGGACGAUCUGCUGAUUGCGGACGACACGCCGCCCGAGCAGCCGACCCUGCCGCCCUCCGCGGCUGCGCCGGCCAAGGAGGCUGUGUCUGGGUCGGCACGCAAGCCGCCCAUGCCGCCCAGAUCGGGCGAGGGGCGGCAGGGCGUGGCGGUGGCUUCAGCUGUUGCUGCUCCGGAUGACAGAGAGGAGGACAUCGGGGCUGAACACGCGAAUGACCACCUGCACGAGGUGGACGAGGAGGCAUCAGAGCAGCUGGCGCGGAUCAACAAGGAGGAGAUGGAGGUGGCCAGGCGAGCUAUGGAGAGGGGCGGCAGUGGCGACCUGACGGGGGACGACAUGGACGAGCGGCGCUACGGCGGCACUCCGCCUCCCCCCACCGCUGCCAGCCUCGCCAGGAGCGCCCUGGACGAUGGGCGCAGUGAGACGCCUGCGUUUAAGAACGUCACUCUGUAUCGCCGCGCUGUGGUGGUGGCGGCAGACCCUGCUGCGGCCGGCAGUCUGGGCGGGCUGGUUCGUCAGCUUUCCAUCGACCAUCUGGAGAACGAGGGGCGGCGCAUCAGCUUCGGGCCGGAGGGCGGUGCUGGGCCGCCCAAGCUGCUCAACCGACAGAUGUCCAUGCAGGGCGUGCAUAAGAAGGUUCUGCAGACGCUGCUGAAGCCGCGGGCAUGGAAGCCUCCCACGAAGCGCCAGUUCUUCCUGGACGUGCAUGGGGUGGUGGAGCUCUGUGAUUUGGCGGAGAAUAUUUUCAAGAAUGAGCCGUCCGUGCUGCAGGUGCGGGCGCCAGUGAAGAUCUUUGGUGACCUGCACGGCCAGUUCGGAGAUCUCAUGCGUCUGUUCGACGAGUACGGCUCACCCUCCACUGCCGGGGACAUCGCGUACAUAGACUAUCUGUUCCUGGGCGACUAUGUGGACAGAGGCGCGCACAGCCUCGAGACAAUCAUCCUGCUGCUCGCACUCAAGAUAGAGCACCCGCGCAACGUGCAUCUGAUCCGUGGCAACCACGAAGCGGCGGACAUCAACGCUCUCUUCGGGUUCCGCAUAGAGUGCAUCGAGCGCAUGGGCGAGCAGGCGGGCAUCUGGGCGUGGCAGCGCAUCAACCAGCUCUUCAACUGGCUGCCGCUGGCGGCGCUGAUAGAGCGGAAAAUCAUCUGCAUGCACGGGGGCAUCGGCCGGUCCAUCCAGCACGUGUCGCAGAUCGAGGAGCUGCAGCGACCCAUCAGCAUGGAGGCGGGGUCAAUGGUGCUCAUGGACCUGCUCUGGUCCGACCCCACGGAGAACGACAGCAUUGAGGGCCUCCGACCCAACGCCCGAGGACCGGGUCUUGUCACAUUUGGGCCCGACCGCGUGAUGGAGUUCUGUCAGAACAACGACCUGCAGCUCAUCAUCCGAGCGCACGAGUGUGUGAUGGACGGCUUUGAGCGCUUCGCUGCCGGCCACCUCAUCACGCUCUUCUCCGCCACCAACUACUGUGGCACGGCCAACAAUGCGGGUGCCAUUCUAGUGCUGGGGAGGGACCUUGUCGUCUUUCCCAAGAUGAUCCACCCGUUGCCGCCCACCGGCAACUCGGGAAGCUCGUCGCCGGAUUACCAGGAUGAAUGGAUGCAGGAACUCAACUCCCAACGACCACCAACACCUACUCGUGGCCGCCCACAGCCAGCCAAUGACCGCAACUCACUAGCCUUCAUUUAA